GGGUGGUAGCCUCAGGCAGGAAUGCGAUAAGAGAUAACUAACAAACAGCAUGUGAUGUUUUUACUCUUCUCUCCAUUUCUUGUUUUGAUAUUGAGACUGCACGAUGGACGAUAAUGUCGGAUUUGAUCUGGAAGCAGCCAGAAUUACUUCCUUACCACAGACAGGAUACUACGUUUCUGAUUUCAUCACGGAAGCUGAAGAGAACCUCCUCUUACAAAAGAUAACAUCCGCCCCCCGUCCCCGCUGGACAUACCUCUCCCAUCGCCGUCUUCAAACCUGGCCCUCGGCUCUAACAAAGUCCAACACCCUACUCGAUUCGCCUUUGCCAUCAUGGCUCAUCUCGCCGAUUAUCCAACCACGCUUCAACAAACUGGGUAUCUUUGCUGACUCCCCGCACGGCGCGCCAAAUCACGUUCUGAUCAAUGAAUACGCGCCGGGACAAGGCAUUAUGUCGCACGAGGAUGGAAGCGCGUAUUACCCGCUCGUGGCUACUGUUAGUCUUGGGGCACCGAUUGUGUUGGAUUUGUAUACAAAACGGAAGAGCCAAGGCCGAGAGGGACGAGAUGAGGACGGAGCAGAAGAACAGCGGCCGCAAUUUCGUAUUCUGCAGGAGAGACGUAGUCUGCUGGUUACCACAGGCGAACUUUAUACGGACAUUCUGCACGGGAUUGCGGAGUCGACCAGAGAAGAAGGGUUGGGGCCAGAGUCGGUGUGUAAUUGGGACUUGUUGCGAGAGAAAGAUCGGUAUGAGUGCGGAUGGUUCGAUAGGGCGACGAGGAUUAGCUUGACCUAUCGGGAUGUAAUCAAGGUCGCCAAAGUGGGAAAUAAGUUCAAGUUCUUGAAUGGGCGGUGAAAAAGCUAUCUUCAAUAGUUCUCUUUAUUUCCCCACACUUUAGUUAGUAUGUCCCAGGAAUCAUCUUCCAUUUUCCUCGCACCGAAUCUUCGCCAAAUUUCUGCAUGUACCACUCCUUGCUGAUUCCAGCAGUGACGCCUAGAUUCACGGCAACGAAGGCCAGACACGAGAGAAGUGUCUUGUUAACCAUCUCUCCCGAGGGAGCAGCCAAAAACGCCAACGACAAGUAUAUACCACACUCGGCCGUAUAAUGCGGCGACACGAUCAUAUUGAACAAUGGGUGAGUAGGAAGGGUGUA